CAAACGCCGCCCCGUGCGGGAAAGGGCAUGCGCAGCACGGAAUUCCGCCCUGCCCGACACUGCGCACGCGCGGUCGCCAUUUUAGCAGCUUCCUCAAGUCGAGGUCGGGGUGAGGGGGGUAUUGUCGCAACAGGAAUUGCUGGAAAGAUCUCUGCAGGUCUGGCAGCGUCUGUGCAGAGUAAAUGUUUCGCGUCCAAGAGAGUCUCGUCUCCAGUUUGGUUUGAUUUGUUACUGUCACGUGUGUUGGGGUACAGUGAAAAGUGUUGUCUCAUGUGGAUUAGAAGAGGAGGGUUUACAUCGUGAAACCCAAACAGAACAUCAGGUCAAAGUCUGACAGAGUCGCACCAUUCGUCAGGAGCUGAACAUCACUGCCCUCUGAUUGUGGGAGGAGAAGGAAUUGUUUCUCUGGUUUGUCUGAGGGUUUAAAUUUCAAACACUGGUGGGACUGGAAAAGCACUGGGAUGCAAGUGCGCCUGAGUGAGAGUGUUCCAGGAAACUGACUUUGGAAACAGCUUUCGCUAGUUACCCAGACUGAACAGACAUUGCAUCGUUUAAAGCAGGAGAAACUGCACGUGUUCAGUGUCUGGAUAAGGAUUGAACUAAACCUUCAGUCUGGAGGGACACAAAGAUACUGGCACCAUGGAGAAACCAUGGAAAUGUGUGGAGUGUGGAAAAGGAUUCAGAUUUCCAUCCUGUCUGGAAGUUCACUGGCGCAAACACACUGGGGAGAAACCAUUCGCCUGUUUUGAAUGUGGGAAGAUAUUCACUCAGUUAUCCAACUUAAAUCAACACCAGAGAACUCACACUGGAGAGAAACCAUUUCCCUGCCUUGAGUGCGGAAAGAGAUUCACUCAGUUAUCCAACUUAAAUCAACACGUGAGAACUCACACUGGUGAAAAACCGUUUAUCUGCCCUGAAUGCAAGAAGGGAUUCACUCAGUUAUCUAACUUAAAUCAACACCUGAGAACUCACACUGGUGAAAAACCAUUUAUCUGCAUUGAGUGUGGAAAGAGUUUCACUCAAUUAUCCCACUUACAUCAACACCAGAGAACUCAUGCUGGAGAAAAUCUGUUCACCUACACUGAGCAUUGGAAGACAUUCACUCAGUUAUCCCACUUAGAUUCACACCAUGGAGCUCUCGCAGUAGAAAAACUGUUUACCUGCUCUGAAUGUGGGAAGGGAUUUGCUGAUUCAUCCACUUUGCAAGUACACCAGAGAACUCAUACAGGAGAGAAACCAUUCACCUGCUUUGUGUGCGAGAAGAGCUUCACUCAAUUAUCCCACUUAAAUCAACACCAGAGAACUCACACUGGAGAGAAACCAUUUUCCUGCCCUGAGUGCAGGAAGAGAUUCGCUCAGUUAUCUCACUUAACUCAACACCAGAGGAUUCACACUGGUGAAAAACCAUUUAGCUGCCCUGAAUGCAAGAAGCGAUUCACUCAGUUAGCAAACUUACACCAACACCAGAGAACUCACACUGGAGAAAAACCAUUCAUCUGCCCUGAGUGCGGUAAGAAAUUCACUCAGUUAUCCAACCUGCAAUCACACCGGGGAACUCACACUGGAGUAAAAGCGUUCGUCUGCUCUGACUGCGGGAAGGGAUUUGCUCAGUCAUCCACCUUACGUGUACACCAGCGAACUCACACCGGAGAAAAACCGUUCACUUGCCUUAAGUGCGGGAAGAGUUUCACCCAGUUAUCCAACUUACAGCAACACCAGAGGACUCACUGUAAGCCGCGCAUUGUCAGGAAGGCGAGAUCACAUCCGGAGUGAGAGAGAGAGAGUCUGACAAACUGAUGUGCUGGCUGCUGCGGUGCCUGUUUCCUCCUGCCUUGUAUGGCAUGAGAUCUGCCAUCACCUGCACAAUCUCACCACAGGAUACAGUCUAGAGGAUGAAGUCGUCAUAAUAACAACUGCAUGCAAAAUAAUUGUAAUGGUUUACCAGGUGAAAUGUGUACUUUGUUGAACUUUCAUUACACAUGUAACGACCCAUAUUCACGGAGAACGCCAGGAAACAGGAAUUAAGAAUGCUACUGUUACUGGAUGACAUGGAAUAGCAUUGCACCCCGACAGAACUAGAUGGCACCUUACCAUUGACCUGAAAUAAGUCUAUAAGAAGGCAGUGCCUAAAGUAGGCCCUGCCUAGCAGUAGCUGACAUGAAAAUUGGCAUAAUAUAGUGCCUUGAAGUAGUGAUUUGCCACUGUAUCCCAGAUGUUACAGAGAUAAAGGGACAUGGAUUCUGGGGUUUGGGGUUAUGAUGGGGUGAAUGGAAGGGCCCAUCCAGUGACAUACAGAUACCCCAUCUUCAGUGGUAGUAUGAUACAUGUACCCCAGUGUUCAAACAAAAUAUUGUUUUGGCUGUGACGGAAAUAACUAAUGAAAAUAAAAAUCACCCUUCCAUUGCUGCCCUUUACACACCCCCAUUAACAAUGCAGAGGUGUGGCAGAAGAGUUGUACUCUCUCCCAUUCAAAAUGGAGCAGAGACAGAGAUGGGUGCAUUAAAUUCUAUGGUUGUUGCAACUUUACAAAACAAGAUUGCUCAAAUUGGGCAACUCACUAUUAGCUGCUGUAUGGAACAAAACCAUCAGCACGUAAGGAUUUAGCAAAUUGGUGUCUGGCCAACAAUGAUUUGGAAGCUUGCUGAUAGCCUUGUCUGGGGCAUCGCACUCACAGACCUUAACGCUGAAGCUAUUUGAACAGACGGUAACUUUUUAGCGACUUUGACAAAAUUGAAUGGAGUAACACCUCAUUGCUAUCCAGGUAUCUGUGGUCUCGCAAACGAUUAUUAAGUCUCUCAUGUGCUAACUUUUAACGGUUAAACCUGAUUUAUGUAAAACUAAUUGAAACGCCACAGUACGCAAUGCUCCUUUUUGAUUUUAAAUAGUACACAGUGAUAAAUAUGGUGCAAGUUUAUCGCCCCAUCUGUUGGGAGGUAUGUUGUGGGAACCUGUAUUUAUGGGAAAUGGCUGGAUGAUAACAAUCAAACCCACAGGUGGGUGGUUGUGAAUAGCCUGAAGGCCUAGUGUGCCUCUUCCACACCCCUGCCUUCGAACCAUGUAGAUUGUAGUCUAGCAGGGCUACCUGCACAUGAAGGAAAUUACUGUCAGUGAUACAGCCAUUCACACAACUGGUCCUGUCCACAGGUGUGUAACUAGUACUCAUACAGUAUAUCUUAAUGAUGAGAGAGAGAGAACCGCCCAGCAACUUCUAUAGUGACAAAAGUUAUGUUCUUUAUGAUUUUUUUGUUGGAAAUAAAACCUACAGAAUUAAAGAAUGGGAAAUGAUGACCUUGGACUGUACCAUUAACCAAUGGAGGAUACUUCUACAUGUGACAUUUGAAACACUGAGGGCUUUCCUUGCACAUUAUAAACAGAUUUGCUCUCAUUUGGCAGCAGUAUAAUGUAUUGCUGUGAAAACCUGCCAUGAUCAGCUAUGAUCCAUUAAUUGGUUUAGAAGACAAUUUAGGAACUCUUGUUGUGUAUUUAAGGGAUGGUUAGCAAAAGCUAGCGAGCUCUUACGGCACCCAGUUAUUGUAAUUUUGCUAACUGUUUGCUUUUUUUUAAUCACCUGAUUAAUGGCUUGUCAACUUUGUCACGUGUAUAAUUAGCUUGCAACCGUUGAACAACACAUUGUUCUGAUUACCUGGUUUGAAGAUAUUAAAGGAUAUUCUGGUGUACAAAUUCAAAAAUGAUACCUCGAAGCCAGACCAAUUGUGGACGUGAUAAUAAGCAAUUGAUGGAGAGUGGAGGAAUACAUGAACACAGACUUUUGUUUUUACAAGAAAGUGGCCUUGGCGUGAGAACAGGCUGUUUUGCAAGGAUAACAGAACUUGUUUUUGACUUACUUGUGACCUCCAGGCAUUGAGGAAAGCUUUGGAAAAGUACACAGAAGAGGUAGUUCAGCACAUAACAGCAAGUCCAGUGUAUUAUGAACACUGGGGACUUGUCCCAGUUUGUUGGUCUUCACGAACAGACUGGGUUCACGCAAAGUGCCCUGGAAAUUGAGAUUGAGCUCCGAGUGCCAGCUCUUGCCAGGGUUCUGGACAAGCAAAAGAGCAUGAGACUCAUGUUUGAAUAUAUCUAAAGCAGUUGAAGGUAAUCAUUUUGUUUAAGUAUGUCUAAAGUAGUGUAAGCUAAUAAUUGUCUGAUUACUUGAUAUAUGUUAAGUAACCUAAGCUAACAUAUUUGCAUUAUAUCGAAGCGCACAUGUUCCCCCACCCACAAAAUCAGCCCAUACUGUAUGUCAGUUCAGGACAGGAGACAUUGGAUGGAUGAGGAAUGGGUGGGUGAGUGGUUGAAAGAAUGUUCAGUGAAGGUGGGCCGUCCUUGGUGCUGUGGUGGGGGUUGUUCAUUCUGAAGAAGUCCCACCUGAAAUGGUGACCACUAAUUUCUCACGUUUCGAUAAUGAGUGAUCUGCUGUCUAUUUCUCCAUGUUUGGUUUUCCGUUUCCAUCUGUCUGGGGCUGUCCCAGAGUUUAGGUUUUGUUUCAGUUUGUAUGGCACACCUGUUUGAUCUCAGCUGGAAUGUCAUGUCCACUUCUGGAAGGAUGUGAAGCAUUAGAGAGGGUCACCAAUUUAAUACAGAACAGAAAGAGAUCCUUUGGCCCAUCUUGUCUGAGUCAGUCAGCAAGUACCU